CACAAAUACUCACAUGCUGAGUGUCAAUAUGGCUGCCUACAGGGUCUUGCCGGAUUACUGUUAAACCUAACAGCUUUUCAAAGCAAUCAUCUGUCUUUGAUCAAACACGCUUCAAACAUGAUGCAACUCAUUUGCUGUAGUAGACCUGGGAUAUGUUCACCAUUGCGGUCACAGGUCUUUUCUGUGCCGUAUAAAGCAGGAGUCCAGUGGAAGCUGUCACGGCGGAUUUCUUCAGUGACUUGUGCACGGAGCUCCUCACAGCAGCUGGGGAGCGCCGUCAGUCGCUUUUGGAGUCUAACUCAGAGGAGCAUACGACGCUCUCCAAAGGGCGCCAUCACACCCCGGGGUUUGAAAUUCCUCCUCGGACCAGCUUUUUUAACUGUCUCAUCACGCUUAUUUUGCCACGUAGCUCACUGUCAGGAAGAUGUGAACAACAACACUCCAAUAGAAGUGGUGACCAAAGACUCACUGCCUGAGUUCAAAUGGCACAUCCUGUGGGAGUUUGUCAAACCUCAACUGUUUGCGCUCACCUGUGCAGUUGUGCUCGCCUUCGGUGCAGCCAUUUUGAACAUUCAAAUCCCGCUGAUGCUUGGGCAUCUGGUCAAUGUGGUUGCACGCCACCUCAGGGACAAUACAGGCAAUUAUAUAGGGGAAAUGAGAGGGCCUGCCCUGAAAUUACUUGGAAUGUAUGGUAUCCAAGGCUUGCUAACAAGUGGCUACAUAAUCCUGCUUUCAAGGGUCGGGGAGAGAGUGGCAGCAGACAUGAGGAAGACUCUGUUUGCAUCUUUACUCAGGCAAGACGUCGCCUUUUUUGAUGCCAAUAAAACCGGUCAGCUGGUAAAUCGAUUGACAGCUGACAUCCAGGAGUUUAAGUCAUCCUUUAAACUGGUCAUUUCUCAGGGUCUGCGGAGCGUCACACAGACAGUUGGAUGUUUUGUGUCUCUUUAUGUCAUUUCCCCCAAACUCACCGGCCUGACGGUGGUCGUGCUCCCGUGCCUCGUGGGAGCAGGAGCUCUCAUCGGCUCAUUCCUGCGCAAACUUUCACGUUUGGCUCAAGAGCAGGUGGCCAAAGCAACAGGAGUAGCAGAUGAGGCACUGGGUAAUGUUCGGACUGUGAAAGCUUUUGCAAUGGAGGAACGGGAGCUCCAAUUAUACGCAUACGAAGUUGACAAAUCCUGUGAAAUGAAUGAAAAUCUUGGAAACGGUAUCGCCAUCUUCCAAGGACUGUCCAACGUGGCUCUAAACUGCAUUGUCCUUGGAACUAUUUUUGCUGGAGGGACUUUAAUUUCUAACAACGAACUGUCUCCUGGAGACCUGAUGUCCUUCUUGGUUGCAUCUCAGACAGUUCAGAGGUCUUUGGCAAGCAUCUCCAUCCUUUUUGGACAGAUGGUGAGAGGAAUAAGCUCUGGGGCCCGGGUAUUUGAAUACCUUUCUCUGCAGCCCUCCAUCCCCCUCUGUGGGGGAGGACGCAUCCCACAUCAUUCUCUGAUGGGAAGGGUGGACUUUAUGAACAUUUCAUUCAGUUAUCCAACAAGACCUGGACAUGAAGUCUUAAAGAAGUUUAACCUGAUGCUGCCACCAUCUAAGACCAUCGCUAUCGUUGGAGAAUCUGGAGGAGGAAAGUCUACAGUAGCAGCCCUGCUGGAGCGCUUUUAUGACCCAUCCAGUGGUGUAAUCAUGCUGGAUGGCCUCGAUAUUCGAACUCUCGACCUGUCUUGGCUCAGAGGGCAAGUCAUUGGAUUUAUCAAUCAGGAACCAGUUUUGUUUGGAUCGUCCAUCAUGGAAAACAUUCGUUUCGGGAAGCCAGAAGCCACCGAUGCUGAAGUCAUUGAAGCAUCAAAGCAAGCCAACGCAUACGGCUUCAUUACAAGUUUCCCAGAAGGCUUCAACACCCUGGUUGGUGAGAGAGGCGCUACGCUAUCGGGUGGGCAGAAACAACGCAUCGCCAUCGCCCGCGCGUUGAUCAAAAACCCCAGCAUCCUGGUACUGGAUGAAGCCACCAGCGCUCUGGAUGCAGAGUCAGAGAGAGUGGUGCAGGAGGCUCUGGACAGGGCCACAAGAGGUCGCACCGUGCUAAUUAUUGCCCACAGACUGAGCACAAUCCAGCGGGCUGACCUUAUCUGUGUUAUGAGUAAUGGACGCAUUGUGGAGGCCGGAACACACCUGGAACUGCUGAGCAAAGGAGGUAUUUACUCCGAUCUGAUCCGCAGACAGAGAGCUGAGGAGAAGAAAUGAAAACGGAAGAACUUUUUCUUUAUGUAGAUCAACUAUAAACAGAUUUAAUAAAUGCAUUGGGGUAAUUGAGGUGUAAAUGUUUACUUUUUGUCUUUAGAAACCUAAGAAAUCCCUCUUUGUGUUAAAUCAUAAAUAGACCAACCUGUGUUAGUUAAGCUACAGCAUUGUAAACAUGUUACUUUUAACUAACGUGACAAUAAUUUAUUUUUUUUCCCUUGUGAGAAGCUUCAAUAACUGUGAAAACAAUAAAAGUUGAUUUGACUGA